ACAUGCACACACACAAACACACUCACACGCAAACACACAAAAACACACUCACACACAAACACUCUCUCUCUCUUUCUCUCUCUCUCACACACACUCAGACACACGCAAACACAUGCACACACACACACAAACACACACACACGCAUACACACGCAAACACACGCACACACACGCAAACACACACAUACACACACACGCAAACACGCACGUACACACACACAGGGCGGGACUUGGAGCGGAAAGAGCAGCAGGAGUCGACACCGUUAUACCCAACAUCUUGGAAACAGCAGAAAUAUUCCCCAAGCAGCCUUUUCUUCCUGGAGGAACCAAAACUCCGCAUUUUGGACAACAGUUUGUGAAUAAAAAAUGGCUUCGUCUCCUCAGAAGUCUCCGUCCUCUCCGAAAUCUCCGAGCCCCAGAUCACCGCCCUCCAGGAAAAAGGACGACUCCUUCCUCGGAAAACUCGGAGGAACUUUGGCCAGAAGAAAAAAGGCGAAAGAAGUUUCUGAGCUCCAAGAAGAGGGCAUGAAUGCAAUCAACCUGCCCCUGAGUCCCACGCCGUUUGAGCUGGAUCCUGAGGACACCAUGCUGGAGGAGAACGAAGUCCGCACGAUGGUCGAUCCCAACUCCAGAAAUGACCCUAAACUCCAGGAGCUCAUGAAGGUGCUCAUCGACUGGAUCAAUGAUGUUUUAGUAGGAGAACGGAUCAUCGUCAAGGAUCUAGCCGAGGACCUUUAUGAUGGACAGGUUCUUCAGAAGCUCUUUGAGAAGCUGGAAGGAGAGAAGCUUAAUGUCGCUGAGGUUACACAGUCCGAAAUUGCCCAGAAGCAGAAGCUUCAGACUGUCCUGGAAAAGAUCAAUGACACCCUCAAAGUGUCCUCCAGGAACAUCAAAUGGAACAUUGACUCAAUACAUGCCAAGAGCAUAGUCGCCAUACUUCACUUGCUGGUGGCUCUGUCUCAGCACUUCCGUGCUCCAAUCCGACUCCCAGACCAUGUGUCUAUACAAGUAGUUGUGGUUCAGAAACGUGAGGGCAUCCUUCAGUCUCAGCAGGUCCUAGAGGAAAUUACUGGCAACACGGAGGCACUUUCUGGAAGGCAUGAGCGUGACGCAUUCGACACCUUGUUCGAUCAUGCACCAGACAAGCUGAACGUGGUUAAAAAAACUCUCUUGACAUUUGUGAACAAGCACUUAAACAAGUUGAAUCUGGAGGUGUCUGAGCUGGACACACAGUUUGCUGAUGGUGUAUACUUGGUUUUGCUGAUGGGGCUCCUUGAAGGAUAUUUUGUUCCCCUCUACAACUUCUUUCUCACCCCAGACAAUUUUGACCAUAAGGUGCACAACGUUUCAUUUUCCUUUGAGCUGAUGCAAGAUGGCGGUUUGGAGAAGCCAAAACCACGGCCAGAGGACAUUGUCAACUGUGACCUAAAGUCUACAUUACGCGUCCUCUACAAUCUCUUUACCAAGUAUAGGAAUGUGGAAUGAAUUCCUGAUCCACAGCACUCACUUUGGAAAUGACAUCCUUAUCAGUAUUACCUAAGGGUUUUUGUUAUUGGAUUAUUAUUUACAGUAUUCAGUAUUAUUUCAGCAUUCAGUGUUUUUUCUGCCCUGUAUUUAUCCAACAUGCUAUCAUUUAAAAUUUACACAGUUAUGAAGGAUUGCGUGAUGAAACUAAUAGCGGGUUAAUGCUAAGUGUGUUUGUUUUUUCUUUUCUUUUUUUUAAACUGUUGAUAUGGAUUUUUAAUCUGAUUUUUAAGUGACUAUCAGAGUUGUUGCAAAUCAUGUCUUCUAGUCAGACUCACCAUCCAUUACACCCCAGGCCUGUUUUUGAACAACAAAUUUCGAUCAAAUAGGUCUAUUCCACAUGUCAGUGUCUGUCAUGGGUCCUCAUCUGGACUGGACCCUUCCCCAGUUGUACCCCAGUGACAGCUUGACUGCUUCCAGUUUGUUGGCUUUUAUCACUAAAUAUGAUGAGAAACGAGGAAAUAAAUAACAGCAAGGUCUUUUACUUUUUAUUUUAAAUUGUUGCAUGGAGUUUGGGAUAGAGGAAUCUGUCUUGCUCUCUUUUAAGUGAACAGACCAAAUUAUCUAGUUCAGGCACUUCAUUGUGCUGUUGAAAAGGCUUCAAUGUUUGUUUUUUUUUCCUGCUUGUAUGAAACUUCUAUAGAUCUGAAGCAAACAGACAUGAAAUUGCCUUCUCCACCCCCAAGGCAAUCAUAGAAUUCAAACCAUAAGCAGACGAUUGCUACUAGUUUGUAAGAAUGCAAUGUGGCUAUUAAAAAAAAAAGGAUUCCUUCGUGCAGUUUAAUGUGAAGGUCGGCGCGAUCGUUUGUUUCACUCUUGAGGUUUGAAUGCGGUGUGUGGGGCCUGACGGGCUGAGAGGAAAAGCGAAUUCCUGUCCUUGUGCUCUCCUCAUUCACCACUGACCAUUUUGUGUGACUGUCCUGUGUGUACUUUUGAACGAAUGGAAGAGGAAUAAAUUGAUCUCGAUCGCUCAGUCACACUUAAUAACUUUCAGACCAAAGACUGCAAACAAAAGGCUCGCUUAAGGCAGAGGCAGUGUUUCAUUUUAAUUCCUCAGACCGGCGGUCUUCUUGCUGCAAUAAAGUUGCAUGAUGAAAUCUGGGUUUUGUUACUGAAACGGUCGAAGGGAAGCUCUUCUGAAAAGCAGAGGUCACAUUUUCUCUUGUGUAUAAUGGUGCAGCUCUGCACAAUUGGACUCAACAAGGUUAUAAUGGAGGCCAGUGGAGGUAAUGUGGUUAGGUUAGGGUGCGGUUCUCUUUGUGUGAUUCAUUUGAAGACCUCCAUGUUUCAUCAGAUGUGUAUUUUUCAUUUUCAGAAUUUUUUGGUUCGGCUUCAGGCAAAUUGAAUAUCUUAAUUAAGCCAAGUUGUGUGAUUAUGAGAGAGGCCUGUGGCUCAGUUGCACUUUCACGCAAGUUUUGUGGAACUAAAAUACUGGCCCAGAUGAAUUGUAAGCACUGCUUCCAGCCUGUAAGCUCUUCUUUUUUUUUUUUUUUUUUUUUUUUUUAGCACGCUUCCAAAUUGCACACUUUUUAUCCCAAAAUACACUGUCAAAAGAAGCAUUUUUGGAAAAAAGUACACACCGCCUGUCAUAUUCUUUGGGCCCCAUUAAGAGCCAGCUGUGUUAAAUGUGAAUUUCACUGUUAGCGCUGUCUCCGACAAUGGCCUUUUCGAUAAAAACCUUUGUUCUGCUACAUUUUCUGACCCAUUAUAUGACUGGAGCUGGGGGGAGAUUAAGAGACGAGGGCGUCUUCAUCACUGAGCUGCCUCUGAGAGCCUAAAUAACAGUGAAGACCACCUGUGUAAUUGUCCAGCGCUACGGUGUCCUGAAUAGCCAUUAGCUUCCCUACUGCAAUUACCUUUCCUCCGGUCGCCUUCAUGAAGCCAAGCACAGCCGAGAGCUCUAGAGAACCUCAACCCCUGUUUACUCCCAAACACAAAGGCUGAAACAGUGUCUUAUCCAGGCUGAUAUUGAUUUGUGCUUAAGAUUCAGAUCAUUACGAGUAAUUGAUUCCUCCAUUGCAUCCUCUUAACAUGCCUCAGAAGUGCAUUUACACCUGCAUGGAUUACAAAGUUCUGAUAUUUUCUAUAAAAUUGUAAGAAAGAAAAAGUGUCAAAAACUGUACAUAAAAAUAUGUACACUGUCAUUGUUACUGUGGGAAAUCUCUACUAUGGGAGCUAUAAACUUUAUAUUAUGGGAGCUAUAAAUGCUAUAUUAUGGGAGCUAUAAGUUCUGGGAGCUAUUGUUUUUAAGUAGUUAUAAUUCAAUCUGGUCUGAAUAUUAUUUAAAGGUGCCGUUUGUAAUUUUUUUCUAGGUUUAACAUUUUUCUAGGUCUAGACUAAUUGCAUAGAAAUACUGAUUCGUGAUAUUAUUAUGCAAUGGAUAUGGCAGUGUUUUAUUAGACCUUUUCUUUUUUUUUUUCUGACCCUGAAAUUAGCUCUGCCCCCAGGUCUGCUCAUCUAUCCCUUUUCCUUAAAAGGCAAACCAAAUGGUCAGAUGGGAGAAAUACGAAGGCAGGUCAAUCCUUUCACUGCAAUUGCAGUUUUAGUCGCAGGCAGCAGAUAGCACUAAAAAUUACAAACUGCUCCUUUAAUGGUUGUUUCAUUUCAAACUCUAUCUCAAUAUGAGAUAGCUUUGAUAAUUAUUGAUUAACAUUUGAUGAAAUAUGCAUAUUUUGUAUUCAAAAUAAAACGGAUUUGAGUAAAAAAAAACAAAAAACAUAUUGCUAUCAAAUGCACUGUUGUACUGAAGAUAUCAUUCAUUUUCCUGAUGUAAAAACAGAAAACUUUGGAAGGUUCUUUUUGAAAAUUCUAUUAUUUUACAAUAUUAAAAUCGUUUCUACCACAGUACUUUUGAAUACCCAAA